AUGCCCGCCGCUCUCCCCUCCCGCGAAUGCGUUUGGUGCGGGUGUUGUCCAGGAUGGUGGCGCCUCGUUUGCAGCUCCGCAGACAGCCUGUUUUCGCAGUUCUGGGGCGCUUCUGAUGAGCACGAUCUCAUCGACGGGGUCAGUGGCUUUACAUUGAGAUUCACCGACCCUCAGCGGGAGCACGGCUUCACGAUUUCCCGCAAAGCGCGCCUGGCUCGUUCCGCUACCAAUUUUUCAUUCGCGACUUUGAUCGCCUAUUCGCUAUUUUCCUUGACUCUGUUGCGAGUUCCAGGUCCUUCAACAGACGAGGGUCGUUGGCUGAUGAGGCUGAAGGUGGCAUUCUCCACUGGAGCUGUCCUCGCGUUUGUAUUUGUGUUGUUCGUUGCAAGAUCCUUCGCGCUUCGUGGCCGCAUCGGCUCGCGGACGCUGGAAAUGAUUAUCGUGUUAUCAUUCACGUCUUUGAUGCUGUUUCUCGCAACGUUCUCUCUCCACUAUGUAGGCAGAAUGGCAGGUCAUGACAACACCAGAGCGGUAUUUGGCCUGUCCGAGGUGGUCAUGGCGUCUCUGGACACAAACACCCUACUCUUGAUAGACAUCUGCGUCACCGCAGUGCAUUUGGCACCUAUCCGAUGGGUGACCUUGCUGCCUCUGGAGGUUACGGCCGUGCUUGCGUACGCGGUCCCCGCUUACGCGGUCGGCAACACCGUCCCGGGGGCGAGGGGCCUCAACACCGCCACGCUGCUCGGGCUGACCAUGCUCGCGGCCAUCGGGAAGCGUGCGAGCGAGAGGCAGGAACGGUCCCUCUUCGCGGGCAUGCUGACCGAGAAGACGCAGAGGUUUCACGCGGAGUUUCAGCUCUGCAGGCAGCAGGAUGGCGAGACCAUCGGGGCGGGGACACUCUCGGAGGGCUCGCGUCCUGACACGACCGAGUCUGGGCAGGCCUUCCAGAUCGCGCGCAACGGCAGCUUGCCAGCGAUGCGCACGAUCGGUGAGAAGGAGCAUUGGCUGAUCAGGGAGUCGGAAGUCACACCCCUGUCAGAUUGCGUGCUGGGACAGGGUAGCUUUGGUGUGGUGACUUGUGGCUUGUUCCAGAACACCAUUGUGGCGCUGAAGACGCCCAAACAGGACGUUCAGGUGGCAGAGCGGAGCCUCGACAACUUCUGCAACGAGCUGCAGAUCUUGCGCCGGCUUCGGCAUCCGAACAUCGUGUUUCUGUACGGCGCUUGUUUGGACGACAGUCUCACGAGCCUUCGCCUUGUCCUCGAGUUUGUGCGCGGCGUGUCCCUCACCAAUUUUAUUGGUCGUCUUGCUGCGAUCUCUAACGGCAGGCAGACUGACAGGAUCAGCAUCAUGUUCGACGUAGUGAAUGCGCUGCGCUACAUGCACUCGAGGACGCCAGUGGUGGUGCACGGCGACCUGAAGAGCUCAAAUGUGAUCGUGGAGGAGAUGGCCGUGGGUCCAUCUGGCACGGAUACGAUCGAUGACGGUGUUUCUGUCUGCGCGAAGCUCUUGGAUUUCGGCUUGUCUCGCCUUCUCACGCGCUCGGCACAGCCCUUGGGAGGGACCAAGCGCUGGAGGGCACCGGAGCUCUUUUCACACAGUAAGGUGAGGCCCGAUGCGGCCACGGAUGUAUAUUCGAUGGGCCAGCUUAUAUAUUUCAUCGCAACGGGUGAGCUGCCUUUCCAUAGCAGGCGCAUGGAGGACGUGAUAGGCUUGCUGCAGUGUGGCCUGGUGCCUGUUCACGACUGGCCGGCCUGGUGUGACGGCACGUUCUUGCCGAAGUGCUGCCGCACAGUGGUGGAGUGGUGCAGUAGUCCGAGGCCUUCUGCCAGGCCCACCUCCGAGCAGGUGAGCACCGAGCUCAGCCAGGUGCUCGAGUGGGACCCCGCCCGCGCUGCGCGCAAGCGCAGCUCCGAGGACGCGACGGAGGCCUGUCGCAGCAAGGCGGCCGCGGCAGCUGCGCCGCCGCCUCACGGGGCUCCGCCGCAGGCUGUUCCGGCCGGCUCGCGCCAGGACGGGCCAGACCCGCUGCUGACAGCAGCGAGCGCGGGCUGCAAGAGGGGCGGCAAGCGCUCCAGCACCAGCGCUAUCUCGAAGGCUCCGGACGAGGCUCUGCCGCAAGUACCGCUGGAGCGGUACUCUAGCCUGGUGCUGCGCUGGCGCGCGCCAUGUUGGAAGCCUGGCCGCGUGGCGGGGCCGCGCUGGUCCUGCGAACCCGUGGCGAGCGCCGAGCCUCUGCGGCGGGCGGCGCUGGAGGCCCACUUCGCUGCUCAACACGUGCAACACGCGGCGGGCAGUGCCCUCGUGGCGCGGGAGCACUGGAAAGCGCGGCGGCGGUGCGCCGUGCUCGAUGCGCCGUGCUCGGUGGCCGCCGAGGGCACCGCGUGCGUGGGCGGCGGGCGAAAGUGGCUAGUCAUCGUGCCCGUGCCAACGCUGAAGCAGAGGGGCCCGCAGCCCUCUCGAUGCUUCUCGGCUGUGGUCGUGCGGACGACCUCGCUGGUGCAGCCGCCGCACGGAGUCCAGGUGAGUAACGGCGAUGUUCGCGCGUUUAUCCAAAUGGAUGGCGAGGCGGCGCCGGAGCAGCGCCGCAUCAUCGCCGUGACCCUCGACGCGGCCUUCUGCGACCCGCAUAAACUUCCAGCAGCUGCCGUGCAGCGCCGCCUGGCCACGCGGAGCACCUUGGCGGAGCCUCAUUCGGACGCCUGCAGCCGAUUCGCCUGCGACGUGCACAGGAAUGACACCCUCCUUGCCUGUGCGGCGUGCGGUGAGGCGCGCGGCCUACGCCAGCGGAAGGGGGCCCUGGCGCGGCUCGCGUUGCCGUGCCGAGGCAGGCAGGACAGCGGCCGCCCUUGUCGGUCACCCAGCGGCCGCAGCGACACGAGAUGCCGCGGCGACCCGCGUGUCGGGGGCCGCGUGGCGCACCCUUGCACGGCAUCCAGUACAUGGCCGAAUGCGCUAAAUCUCGAGAUCAAGCAGAAAAACAACCGACCCUCAGCACAGCGGUUCUGGGAGCAGUUUUCGGACUGCCACUGGCGCCAGUGCACCGAACUCGGCGCCCUCGUCGUGGCAGACCGUGAGUGGGCCGAGGGCCGCGCACGGGGCCGCGGCAGCUUCGUGCAGGUGGACGGCAGUUGCUACGAUGGGCAGUGGAUCGACGACUUGCAAGAAGGACAUGGCGUGGAGACGUGGGCAGAUGGCUCCAGGUUCGAGGGGUGCUACUCCAGGGGCCUGAAGCACGGGAAGGGCCGCUUCGAGUACACUGACGGCUCCGUCUACGAGGAGGUUCGGCAACUACGUGGCGGUGGAGCCGUUAUACAUCGUGUUCAGCGAGCUGGCCCACAAGCGUGUGCAGUCUGGGGAGCGUCGGGGGGAGGGGUCCCUGGAGGACCUACUUAGAAAGAUGUAGUCGUUGCCAGCAGAGCGCUCGCCAGUGCAUGUCUUCGUCAAACCAUCCGCCGUGCCAGUGGCUGGCAGAUUCGACAUGCACGCAGUUCGAUGUCAGAAGACGGCAGAGGUCCAGACCUGCUUGCACCGGCCCC